AUGUCAAAUCAAACACAUUUUAAUACAUUAUUAUCUAGUUUAUGUUUAUAUUAUUGGAUAACAAAAAAAUUUAAUAAUAAUGAAUUUAUUCUUCAAUAUACAGAUGAAUUAUUUUUUACAUGGAAUCAAUCGAAAGAUAAUCUUAAUACAUUUCUUGAUACAUUAAAAGAAUUCUUCUAUGGUGAUUAUAUCGAUUUGAAGAUUGAAUAUGGUCAAAAAAUUACUAUUCAAAAUAUUUAUUUGGAAAAUUAUCAUGGUCAAUUCUAUACAGCAAUAAAAUCAACAUCAAUGAUAUUACCUUAUG